UGCUGCGCCCUGGAGCCGCCAGACUCUCCGCGCCGCGCAGCGACAUGAACGCGCUCUCCUCUCCUUCCUUCCAGGAGAAAAAUAAGAAUCCUUCCCUCUCCAUGAGCUCCAUCGCGACCUCCAAGGAUUCCCCGACCCUCCCGGAGUCCUCCUCCCCGGAUUUGGGCUUCUACAGCGGGCACGGAGCUCUCCACGGCGGAGCGCAGGAUUUUUACGCGGCUGCGGCGGCACAACAGCAGCAUUACUCCGGGCAGCAAAUGAACCAUUACGCGUAUCACUACAACCUGCACGCGGGAUACCCGGUGGGGAAAACAGAGUACCCGUACCCUCAAUCUGUGUACCGGGAAAAUAGUGCGUUCAACAGGGAGGCCGCGGUGCUUCAGGACGUGAAAGAGGAGCCGGACGUCGAGGUGCGGAUGGUCAACGGGAAGCCGAAGAAGAUCCGUAAACCUCGGACCAUUUACUCGAGCUACCAGCUGGCCAUGCUGCAGAGACGCUUCCAGAGCGCGCAGUACCUCGCCCUGCCAGAGAGGGCCGAGCUGGCCAAUCAGCUGGGGGUCACUCAGACACAGGUCAAGAUCUGGUUCCAGAACCGUCGCUCCAAGUUCAAAAAGCUCUACAAGAACGGGGAGUUUCCUCUCGGCGACAUGCCUAUUGAACACAGUCCAGACGCCAGUGACUCCAUGGCGUGUAACUCCCCCCCCUCCCCUGCUGUGUGGGACAACAACAACAACAACAAUGGCGUCGACACAAACGUCGUUGUUGGCGUCAAAAGUAACGCCAUAAUGGAUCCUAGCAGCAGAGUUCAGGAUCCCUUUCAGCCGCCGAUGGAUUCCUCGCCCGCCUGUAUGGGAGAAAUGGGAGAUUUCCCCCCCCAGGACUGGUACCAGCAGCCACAUUUAGGUCUUCCUCCAGUGGGUCCAACAGCUCCUUCAGCCUCACAGAGUCUGGGAGUCUACUGACGGCGCCUCGGAGAGACUCUUUGUGGACUUUUUGGACCAGAAACAGCCGACAGGGAUCAUCAGACUCGAGUCCUGAUGAUAAAACUCCCACAUCUGAAUUUCAUAGUAGCCUCUUCUUCUGAAGAUCCCACAGAGCACAGAUACGCUCCUAUAACUGUACUCUAAGGAACCUUGUUUCCAGAAGCACAAACCAGAACGAGGAGCUAAAAGAAGCUCAAUCUGUUUGUCUAAUUAACAUAUGCAACUUUCACACAGCCAUUAGUUCUGACAAAGCUCUACAGAGCGAUUUGGUGUCUUUCAGCUGCUUGUUUUGGUUGCUUUCCUAUAACUGUACUUCAAGGAACCUUGUUUUUAGCAGCAGGGGCCACAUGUAGGUCUUCCUCUGGGAGUCUACUGACGGCGCCUCUGAGAGACUCUUUGUGGAUGAUUUGGACCAGAAGCAGCCGACAGGGAUCAUCAGACUCGAGGAAACGUGGAUUGGAAAAGUCCCCCCGGCUCUGAAGUUCAUGAACUUAUCAAAUAGAGACGAGGGUGAUGCCGAUUCCUUAUUUAAAAUCAUUGAUGAUAUUUUGUAUAUUUAAUAUUUAGAACUUGACCCUAUUUAUGCCUCAACAUAAACACAGCCUUCUCUUAAUUUGGAAAGAGCUUCUGAUGCAAGAUUUUCCCUCCAAACUUGAAUACUACUGACCCUGGCUAGCACGGCAGAUUUCAAGAUAAGUUUGGCUUUAAAUUGACAGAAAACUGGAAUUCAUGUGAUCGGACGGCGUGUUAGUGAACACUGAGAGGCCGAUAACCUUAAAAGUAAAACAUCAGGCGAGACCAACACUGACAUAUCUGUUUAAAUAACUUAAUUCAAACCACUUUUCCACUAGAGAUAAAGGUCCUUAUGGACAUUAAUGGCGCAUUUCCACUACAGCGCGGAGCUCGCUUUAAGCGUGCCGUGCCGUGCCCGGCCUGUUUUUGGUUGCGUUUCCA